AUGCAGGGAGUUAAGUCGUUCGGAUGGACGUCGUUUCCACUACUAAACUCGUUGAACGGCGUAGAAACAAACGAUCGUGAGAGUAAAAAGUCAGUCUUCAAUUUUAAGAAGAGAAUAUCGUCACUACAGAACUUUAGAAUCCCGAAUCCGUUGAACACAGAAGGCCCAAAAAUUAGGUCACCGAACGGGUUCAUAUCUGAAAAGUUCGUACCACUACUAAAGGUUGCACACUGCAACGAGAAUAAAGAGGAUAAUAAGCCGCCGUUAGGAGAUAAUCAGCCCAUGCCGCCCUCGCCGUACGAUCUGCUGGUGUACGAGAAUUUGUCGAGAGAGUACAAAAACGUCAUCACACAGGACAACUACGAUGGGUUCAGGCUGGAAGCGGACAGGCAACUGAAUAAAAACUUUCAACUGAGCCACUCGCUGUACCUGGGAACACUGCUGAAGGACGUGGGCUACAUAUACCAAAUAGGCGCGAACUACGCAAGCGACGACGGAAAAAAGUUUGUAAUGUUUAAAGUGGGCCUGGACGGAAACAUAGCACUCAAAGCGUUCGCAAAGCUGGGAAAGAGACUGGAGCUUAAGGCAGUGACGAACUCGAAACUAAAAAUAGACAACCAGAGCACGUUUGAAGUGGGAGCGGACUAUAUUGACGACAACUGGACAGCGACCCUGAAGUGCUGCUGGCAAGGCACGUUCAUAUGGAACAUUUGUUACACGCAUCAGAUAGUACCAUCCCUUACGCUGGGAUCAGAGGUGACGUACAUCGACGCAAAUGGAGCCUCCAUUGGAUCACUGAUGGCAAGAUAUGUCAGAGGAGACCACGUGUUAACAUGUCAAUUGUCGAGGCAGCCUGACUUUAAGCAGAUGGAUUUCUCAAAGAAUGAAGUCAACUGUGCGAGGAUACAGUACGCUAGGAAGGUCAACGACCGGUUGUCACUGGCAACGGAGCUGGAGCUAUCACCGUCAGCCAAGGAGUCAGCGUUGCGACUGGGCUGGGAGUACCUGUUCAGGCACGCAAGAGUGCAGGGAAACAUAGAUACCUGCGGAAGAAUAGCAAUGCAGACGCAAGAUUACAACGGAUUUGGAGUAAGCGGCUGUAUCGACUACUGGAAUAACAUCUACCGCUUCGGGUUCAUGAUGCACAUAAUGCCGCAACCGGAAAAUAACCCGCAGGAACCAGGCGACCUAGCAUAA